AUGUCUCGUUCUUCAUCUUCUUCUGUACAAUCACUAGCCAUGUCAGAAGAAAACCAUCACAAUUGCGCAGAUUAUGCUGAAUUGAGGAGCAAUAUGCAGAAUUUAGCAAAGUCAAGUGGUAUUACUAAAGCACUACAGGCAUUCCGUCUUAUGAGAACCGCUGCUCCUGGUAAGCCAACAAUAUACGAUUACAAUUCGUUGGUCAAUUGCUGUUUGAAAUCGGAAAAUUUGUGUUCGCAUGAUCUUUCUACCCUGUAUUCGGAAAUGAAAACACUUGGAUUAUCCCCAAAUGCAUCCACUUUCAAUACUUUCUUGAAGGGAUUAAAUCUUAUCGGGGAAUCAAAAGUUGCUCUUUGGGUCACCAUAGAAAUGUGUAAUCAUGCCUUUACUCCUUCAUUUACUUCUUUGUCAACUUUGCUCAAGAAAUGUUCAGAUUCCAUGGAAUUAGAAGAUGCAAUUACUGUUCUUGAAUUAAUGAUGGGAUUGAAUUACAUUCCAACUGAACCACAAGUGAUUUUGUUAAUUAAUCGCCUAAGCAAACAUGGGAUGACAGAAAAGGCUACCUUAGUUCUCUAUAAACUAUUAGACAAAGCUCUUUUUUACGGAUUUUGUAAAAAAAGGUUAUUUAAGGAGGCUUCAAAUUGUUUGAACAAAAUGACAACAAAUAGUCGUUUCUACCCUAAUGUGAGAACUUACACCACAUUCAUCAAGUGUCUAUGUGACAAUGGAAGGAUACAAGAGGCAUUAAGUUUGUUAGGUCGAAUGGAAAAAAGAGGAUUGGAUCCUGAUAUUGUUACAUAUAACAUAAUUCUUCGUGCUCUUUCAAACCAAAAUAUGGUUCAUGAAGUUUUUGACCUUUUUCAAACUAUCUACCAAAAGGAACUUUCACCAGAUCGCUAUACAGCUACUGCUUUAUCGGGACUACUCAAAAAGGGUAAUUUAGGAAUUGCGCGUACUCUUUUGCAUGAUAUUUUCUAUGGUGGAAGUGAUAUGGAUAUUGCGGUUUAUAACGUGUACUAUUGUCUCUUUUCUGGUUUUAAAUCCAAAGAGUUGUCAUAUGUGAUUGAAUGUAUGAUAAAGAAUGACAUCGAGCCAAAUAACAUAACAUUCAACACAAUUCUAAAAGGUUUUUGUAAAGGGAAAUCCAUGGAUGAAGCUCUAGAGUAUUUUCAAAGUAUCAAGAAACCCGAUUUGGUGUCUUUCAACACGAUUUUAUCGGCUUCAUGUAAAAAGGGUGAUUCAAAAAUGGUUGAAAAGGUGAUUGAUUUAAUGAAAGAUGAAGGUUUUAAGUUAAAUGUUGUGGGGUUUACUUGUUUAAUGCAAUAUUAUUGCAAUGUUGGAAAGCUUAAUGAUUGUUUAGAUGUUUUUGAAUGUAUGAUUUCUCAAGGUCCUCGACCCUCAAUGGUGACAAUUAAUAGUCUUAUGAUUGGUCUUUGCAAGAAUCAGGAACUUGAAGCUGCUUAUCGGGUUUUUUGUAAUUUAGAAAGUUAUGGAUUGUCAUCGGAUUCAAGAACUUAUAAGAUUCUUAUGCGUGCUGCUAAGAUUGAAGGGAAUGAUUUGUUGGUGGAGGAAUUACAAAGGAAAUGUAGGGGGGAAGGUGUGAAGCCGAAUAAUUGA